CGACUUCUUUCCUUAGGCAUAAGCGACAAUUUUGUGUAAGGCGUGAUGGCUGAACAGAAUCUUACAACCGAUGUUGAAGUAAAUGAAACUGUUGAAGAAAAGACGGUUGGAAAUGGAGGAGAUACAUCCAACAAGAUUGAAGCGAAGCCAGAAAAUGAAACGGGAGUCGAUAAAGAGUUAGAUGACCUCUUAGACAGUGCACUGCAGGACUUUGAAAAACCAGCUCCUGUAGAAAAGCCAACUGUAGUCCUCGGACCAACUGGGGGAUUUCCUGCAAGUGGGGAUGCCAAAUGUUCUGAGGACAAGACUGACCCGAUGUCAGAAAUGUUUGCUGAGGAGUUUUCGGAUGAGAUGAGUAAACAGUUUGAGGAUGCAAUGAAGAACUUGAUGGGCGGUGAUCCAGCAUUGCUUCAGCAGAUAGAGAAACUUUCUGAGUCUGCUGACAGUGCAGGAAAUUCAGCAGAGGCACAACAAGAGUUUGCAAGCACUCUAUCACAAACUCUGUCAAGUCUGGCCCAGAACUCGGAGGGUCUAGGGGACGAGAUGUCAGAGGAUGAGCUGAUGAAAGCCUUCACCAGUAUGGGGCUGGAGGAAGGACAGGACGGAUUCAUGCCAAUGAUGCAAGGGAUGAUGAAAAACUUACUGUCUAAAGAUAUACUGUAUCCGUCACUCAAGGAAAUGUCACAGAAAUAUCCCAAAUGGUUGGAGGAGAACCACGAGAAGACGGAGAAGACACAACUAGAUAAGUACAAGUCCCAGCUCGAUAUCAUACAGGACAUAUGUGAGGAGUUUGAAAACGAAAAAGAUUCUGAAACAGAGGAAGUGAAAAAGCUGAGAUUUGAAAAGAUUGUAGAUAAAAUGCAAAAGAUGCAAGAACUGGGUCAACCUCCAAAAGACAUUGUUGGUGAUAUGGCACCUGGGCUUGACUUUGAUGAUAAUGGAAUGCCUAAACUGCCAGGAGCACCAGAGGGACAGUGUGCAGUCAUGUGACCUGAUAAACUAUGUGGUUGUCGUGGCGAUGACUUUGUUCGUCUGUGAUAUUGCCAUAGUUACUGUGGUCAUGUGAUCGUCAGCUACAACAACAGAAAUCUGAGGUGGCCAGUCCUUUUACAGUCAUUGAAUCACAUGAUGUUUGGCUACACCAAAAGACUUCUGAAGUGGCUGUCAUUUUACAGUAGAUAAAAUCAUCUGGUCACGUGUCACCACCAGGAUCCAGGAGAAUGUGUCAUGUGAUUGGCCUCCUGCUGUUCCAUUGACAGUGCUAGCUACAUAACUGGCAUUUCUGGGACUUUUUUUUAUUUAUUUGAAUGUUUUGCCAAAGGGUUUUCAGAUUUGAUAAAACCCGAGGCAUUGCCGAGGGUUUUGUUAAAUUUGAAAAUCCUGACGGUAGAAUUUCACUAUCUUACACCAUUGGGCAUGAAAGCCACUAGAAUAAGCCCAGAAACCAUGGAAGUGAGUUUUAACUGGCUACCAUUUUGAAAAUAUCAAUUUUUUCCAUAUUCUAUUUAGACGAAAACGAACCUGUCAGCCAGAUUAAGCAUAUCCAAUAUUUGCAAACAAAGUUUGCACUGAAAAAUUAAUCGCAUCUUUCUAAUGUAUUCGGUAAAUAUAUCAUAAAAGGUAUUAAUUUUAUUACGUCAUCUUUUCCGCGUUGCAGCAUCAGAGAUUUCCAAAUUCGUGAUGUCACGUCAUUGUUCAGCCAUUGUGACAUUAACGUCACGUGAAAUGGGGUGUAAGAUAGAAAUUUCUUCCACCCCUUUCUUACUACCCUGGACAGCUCUAUCUUACACACAGAGAAAUGAGAGAAAUACUUGUAUUUCUGGGCUAAUUAAAAAAAAA